AUGUGUGGAGCAGAGAAAGUGAGCGCUGCUCCCCCCUGUUUAGUUGGGACUCUGGGGACAGGAAGCAGACGUGGACCAGACCACCUGAGAGCUGUCGUUGUGAGGGCAGAGGGGCGGGCCCUCGGCGGUGAAGAGGAGAACGACCGUUAUCCUGAUGAUCAGAAGAGAAUCUGUUCUUUUUCUCCGGAGCCCUCAGCAGACGUCAAGCUGGCGACUGUAGCAGGAAAGAAGGGCAAGAAGGAGGAGGAGCAGCCUGCAGAUCCUCCAGCAGUAGCAGCAGAGGAGGAAGAGGAGGAGUAUGAGGUGGAGAAGAUUUUGUACCACAGAGUGGUGAAGGGAACAGUAGAGUUUCUGCGGAAAUGGAAAGGGUUCUUAGAUGAGGAUAACACAUGGGAGCCGCAAGACAACCUGGACGGCCCCGACCAUAUCGCAGAGUACAUGCAGAAACACAAGGAGAAGGAGGAGAAGAAGAAGGAGGGCAAGAGGAAAGUAGUCAGUGAGGCCUCGGGAGACUCAGAGGAGCGAGGGAGCAAGAAGAAGGAGGAGGAGAAACGGCGAGGAGGAGAGGGCCAUCAACGCAUUCACACUGGAGAGAAACUGUACAGCUGUGAUCAGUGUGGGGCAGAUUUCAAAACUCAGGGUAACCUAAAAAGACAUCAACGCAUUCACACUGAAGAUAAACCGUACAGGUGUGAACAAUGUGGGAAAACCUUUUCUCAGAGUAGUCACCUUAAAAGACACCACCAGCUCAUUCACACUGCCUCGUAGUGAACAUGUUUCAGAGCCAAGCUGUUUCCUCCUGCCUCCUCCUCAUGCCCUGAUAGCUGUGUUGUUAUAUUCUGAUCUUCUUUCCACAUUGAAGGCUGA